GCCCCCCACCCCAACUCUUCCCUCUCUACGUACUACGCAGUACCUGUCUGUGUCUAUCUAUUUUUGGACAUGGUUUUCUUCUUCAACUUCGCUUCCUCUCUUCUGGUUCACCCCCCUUAACCCCAUUUCCCCUCCAUACACAAACAAGUUCUCUCCAAAUCAAGCGGUUGAAAUUCUCCCUUUCCUCUCCUUAGCUCCCAACCAAACUAUGCCUGCUUGGUGGGGAAGGAAGUCCUCUAAGAACAGCCCCAAAACCCAACAGCCCGAUAAGAGAACGGCCGCCACAGCCGCCGCGGGCGAGAAGGCGCCGCAGCCACCCAAUAUUAGCUCCGAUGAGGCGGUCCCUGGAGCCGUAGUACUAGCGAGGAAAUCGCCUAGAAGUAGCAGAGAGUUCUCUAGCGGUAGAGGGUCGUCUUCUGGAUCUUCCGGUUUUGAAUCGGCUUCCUCUUUGGACCGAGCGCUUCCGCUGCCGAAGCCGACUUUCUCAAAUGAACAUGGAGUUGGAUUGGGAUCUGGGUCCGAGUCCGGAUCCAGCGUUAGCUCUUCUGGUUCAUGUGAGGAUCAGCCAUAUUCCGCUUCUUUCAGAGGAGCUGGAGACAAUAAGUUCAGACCGCUAUCUCGAAGCCCGGUUAGAUCAAGAGCAUCCACUACCACACCUUCACCGCGACAUCUGCGAUUUUCCAGUAGUAGUUUGGACUCCCCGACAGGAAAGUUGGAUGAUGGGAAGAGUGAAUGUCAUCCCUUGCCUCUUCCGCCUGGUUCUCCGACCAGCCCUUCCUCUUUGCCAAAUCUAAGAACUCCCGUCUCCGAAUGCUCAACUGGUAAUUUGUCACAAUGGAAGAAAGGCAGGCUCCUAGGUCGAGGCACAUUUGGCCAUGUCUAUCUUGGAUUCAGCAAUGAGAAUGGGCAAAUGUGUGCCAUUAAAGAAGUUAAAGUUGUUGCAGAUGACCAGACAUCCAAAGAAUGCCUCAAGCAAUUGAACCAGGAAAUUAUGUUGCUAAGGCAGUUUUCCCAUGCAAACAUUGUCCAAUACUAUGGAAGUGAAUUGGGUGAAGAAACACUAUCAGUUUACUUGGAGUAUGUUUCUGGAGGAUCUAUCCAUAAAUUGUUGCAAGAAUAUGGGCCAUUCAAGGAGCCCGUUAUUCAGAACUACGUGAGGCAAAUUCUAUCUGGCCUUGCAUACCUGCACACAAGAAAUACCGUGCAUAGAGAUAUCAAAGGAGCAAAUAUAUUAGUCGAUCCUAAUGGUGAAAUCAAACUUGCAGAUUUUGGCAUGGCUAAGCAUAUUAAUUCUUAUUCUUCAAUGCUAUCUUUCAAAGGAAGCCCUUAUUGGAUGGCACCUGAGAUAGUCAUGAAUACAAAUGGCUACAGCCUUGCAGUGGAUAUAUGGAGCUUAGGGUGUACGAUUCUUGAAAUGGCAACAUCAAAGCCGCCUUGGAGCCAAUAUGAAGGGGUUGCUGCCAUAUUUAAAAUUGGAAACAGCAAAGAUAUGCCUGAAAUCCCCGAUCACCUAUCCAAUGAUGCCAAAAGUUUUAUAAAGUUAUGUUUGCAGCGAGAGCCAUCUGCACGUCCUACCGCAGCACAGCUUCUAGAACAUCCUUUUAUUACAGACCAAAAGGCUGCAAGAGGAUUAAUCCCUGAAAUCAAUGUAAAUAAGGAUACUCAAUCUGGCCUCUUUGAUGGAAACCGCACCAAGCUAGCCAUCGAUCUACAUCCCAGCCGGAGCAACAUGAGGUCUCUUGAGGCCUCAAAUCAUUUAACGAGACCAGUUCUAACCGUUUCUAGAGCCAUUAUCAGCUCAAGGGAUACUACAAAAAGUAUAACAUCUUUGCCAGUAUCUCCCUGUUCAAGCCCUCUGAGACAACAUGCACCAGCACGCCGGAGCUGCUAUCUCUCCCCACAACACUCAUCGUAUCCUGUCACGGGCCAAAGUGGGUAUAAUACAAACGACUCAAUAUUUGCAACACGGCCGAAUCCUAGAAGUAUACUGGACCCAUGGCUUGGGACACAUCAAUUUAGUGCUCAUACAACACCUGGAAGAUCCUCAAAAACUAGACCCAUUCUUUAGACUGAUCUCAAUUUUAGAAUGAAGAGGAUCUUCGGCUGCCCAGAUAAGUUUGGUGGUGCCUAUAGAAUCGAAGUGGGCGUGUGUAGUCUCCUAUUUAUGACCUGCUAAAUGGUGGUUGUGUGUGGUGGCUUUUCCUGGGAAAUUGGCAUGUCGAAAUUGUACUAUAGGAGAUGGUUUCGGUUAAAAAUCCCCCCCCCCCUUCUUGCAUUCAAAUGUAAAUGAAAUGAGUAAUCCUUGUGUUAAAAAAAGAGUAAUCCUUGAUUAUUUAGAUGUGUUAAUGUUAAAUGUUUCUAUAUUUAAUAUAUUGUGUAGUUAUUA